AUAUGAACAUCUCAGCUGCUAGAAUUUUACAAGAGAGUCAUUUACACUAUUCAAACACAAAAUGUGUUCAUAUGGAAGCCGACUGAUCCUCUCUUAGUUUAAUCACGUAUUUCGAGUAAUUCUUACCGUAAAUUGUCUUAUUCUGGGUAAAGAAGAGGUUUUAGCUGUUAUGGCUUGUAAUGAUGAAUGGCAGGUAGCAGGGCGUCGUAAAGGAGCUGCUAGAAGAGGACACCCUCCUUCAAACCCAAAACUAGACUCACACCAGGUGUCUGACUGCAAACUGGACAAACAGAAGAUGACAAACGCCAUGAAUGAACUGAGAGGAGAAAACGUCUGGAUGGAAUGGAGAGAUCUCCUGUCCAAGCGUCUUCUUUCCAAUGCUUCUGGGUCUUCAGAUCUGAAUGGAGAUGCGUCUCUUCAGCACUGUGUGUGUUAUGGUUUGGGUAACUUUGCAUCUUGUGUAUCUGCCCGAUACCAGCUAGCAAUGUUGUUACUGGUUCUAGAGACGCUCCAGAUUCCCGUGGGCAGUUGCAGUGUGUAUGAUCCGGUGUUUUCUGCGUCAGAGUGUGAUGCUCUUAAAGAGCUCGGCUUCACCGUGCUGACUGAAAAUGAGGAGGGAAAGCGCCCAGUUUAUCAACCCACCCUGUUCUACCUGAUGCAUUGUGGGAAGGCUCUGUAUAACAACCUGCUGUGGAGAAACUGGACCCCUCAGACAUUGCAAAAAAUUAUUAUAAUUGGCAACCGUUUUCAUGGCAUUCAAGAAAGGAUGCUUCAGAGAGAGUUUGAGAGAGACUACAGCUUCCUUUCAAAUGUGAUAAGUGUGUGUGACGAGACGCCUCUGCCCUGCGCACCGCGCUUCAUGGAUGUGUUCAAUGACACGGCACUCAUUCAAUUCCCUCUGGAAAAGCUGAACAAACUGCCAGAAACCAUGUGGAUUGAGCCUUCAGAGCCACUGUACCAACACUGCCAAGAUCUCGAGAUCGUCCAGAGAGAGAAAAGGAGCUGAAAACAUCACUACUUUAAACAUUGCUUAUUUUUUGUUAUAUUUUACUAGUUCGUUUCCAGUUUCUUCUUGUAUAUACAUUUGUUUUUUUUUAUUAAAAUAAUAAAAAUAAGACUUUUUUUU